AUGUCCCGCACGGUCUGCUGGAACUCGCGUGAGAGCAUAUUGAGGAUGUCCGCCACGCAGGCCAGCGGCAUGCGCGUCAACGGCAAGCAGUGGCAUCAGCCACGUAACGCCUUUCGACCAGCUGCUGGUCAGACGAGCUACGCAAAACGGGUGGCCAGAGAGUCAAAGGCGGCAGAGAUCAAGAAGGUGGAGAAGGAGAUGAAGACGGCAAAGGAGGAAGAGCGACAACGCCAUGUCCAAGCAAUCAAAGACCGCCGCGCUGCAAAGGAAGAGAAGGAACGAUAUCAGCAGAUGGCCGAAAAGAUGCACAAGAAGCGCGUCGAACGACUGAAGCGUCGUGAGAAGCGCAACAAGCUACUGAAGUCAUGAGGAACCUGCGCGAGCAGUGACAUUCAGUGUCACAAACACGUCAAAAUCAGAAUGGCCUGAGAAAAACCUAUACUCGGCUUGAAAAUUCAUUCAACAGUGCAUUCGACUCCUACUCAGCAUAGUCUCCACCGCCGAGUGGGCACUUCCCUAGGCUGCGCAGUCUUGACCUGACGGGAGGCUUCAAAACGAUGGAGAGUGACCACUGUUAUCAAGAGAGACAUCAAGCCUGGGAGAUGUUUGGCCAGCCUAUCUAGCGUUGGCCAAAUUGUACGCCGGCUUCAGUGGUUUUUCUUCGUGACAGGAUCAUCAGUGCUUUGCCCGGCUGGCAAUGGGUUUCGUCGGGUUGGGCACAUCUUGGGGUAAAGAAUGGUAUUGUCCGGUUGAUCAGGAGAAGGAUCGGUCCCACAUGAAUCCGAGCAGAGAUAUUCUCCGUCUCGCAGUAAUGUAGCGAUGGUUUAGGAUAGGCGGGAGAUGCCAUAGAUACAUGUAUCUCAAAAGAAGA